AUGAAGCCUACAACGGUGGCACUGCUCAUUUUGAUGAACAUGAUGUGCACUAUUGGAUACUUUGAUCAUGCAAGUUUUCUUGGAACAAAGGCACAAGAAACCACCUUGCUGGCAAAUUCAUAUGGAAGCAAUAAUGAAGGAACCGGUUCUAUGAAGGGCAUAAAUCUCGGAAGGAAGCUGACGAAUGCGGCCCACGACUUUCGUCCUAGAGAUAUCUGCUGCAAAAUGCCCCACAAUCCUUGCAAACUGACAUAUGCUUGUUAG